GCCUAUCAUGGUCAAGACAAUGGAGAAUACUGGUGUGAGACUGACGGAGGAGUGAGAAGUAACAGUGUCAACAUCACAGUAACUGCUGGUUCUGUGAUACUGGAGAUUUCUGUUCAUCCUGUGAUGGAGGGAGACGAUGUGACUCUACGCUGCAGAAACAAGGACAACUUAAACAACCUCCGAGCUGAUUUCUACAAAGAUGGAGUCUUCAUGCAGAGCAGUCCUGUAGCAGAGAUCACCAUGAACAAUGUUUCCAAGCCUGAUGAAGGACUCUACAAGUGCAGCAUCUCUGGUUUGGGGGCAUCGCCAGAGAGCUGGUUGGCUGUCGGAGCAGCUCAUGAAGGGAACAAUUCUGUCCUCCAUUACUCCUCUGCCCUCAUCCUCCUGUGGAUUGCUGUUACCAUCUUACUGGUGUCCGUUGUGCUGCUGGUGGUGGGAUUUCUUUAUACUGGGAGACACAGAGAUGUAGUACAUAGAGUGGUGCUUUACUUUUCCUCAAAGACACAAAGAUCAGCAGCACGCUCAGCUGAGGACAAUAAAAUAGACUCUGGGGAUGACACUGCAGAUGAUCAAAGCAGUCCAACGUAUGCAGUUGUGGUUAAAAAGCAGAGACAAAGCAAAGAACCAAGAUCAUCCAGUUCCACAGUGACAAAGAACCCCACAGAUCCACGUUUAACAGAAGAGGAGGCUAUUUAUUCAACUAUCGAGGUGACAAAGAGCAGAAACACCUGAAGUUGUGAAGAAGAAAUGACAAUUACUGCUUCACUGCUUGAACCUUUUUACAGUUUAAGUUUCAUAUGCAAACUUUUACCUCGUUGUAAAUAAGAAGCAACAUAAACAUGUACUCCAAACCUUUUACUUUUUUACGUUUUUUAUGUAAUAAUUGAAUAU